AUGCAAAAAGCCCAAGGGCAAUGUGAGAGCAGAGUACUAUCGGUGGCAGUGGGAGCACUUAGAAAGUUCCUUCCACUCUUUGACAAAGUAUUGGUUGAAAGAAGUGUCACCGAAGCUGUAACCAAAGGGGGCAUUAUGCUUCCAGAAAAAAUCUCAAGGAAAGGUAUGGCAGUAGCUGUUGGAUCAGGCUCUAAAGCAAAGGGCAAAGAAAUUCAACCAGUUAGUGUGAAAGUUGAAGAUAAAGUUUUCCCGCAAUAUGAAGGCACGAAAGUAGUUCUAGAUGACAAGGAUUAUUUCUUAUUCAGAGAUGGUGACAUUCUUGGAAAAUAUGUAGAUUGA